CCCGGGACGUUGACGUACUGAGGCGACAUCUCGCGGCUAAGUCACAGCUGUCAACAAGUUGUUUAGUUUCAACAGUGAAUGUUGUCAGGUUUUACUCGAAAUUCCUUGUCACCGAAUUAUUGUUAUACUUUUUUUUCCAAGUCCAGGGACAUUUAAAAUAUAUAUAUCCAAAUAGACGUUCAAUAUAAAAGAACAAAAUGAUAGCAUUCAAAAGUCCAACACCUUAGAAGAAAACACUCCCCUGUUACUUCUAAAUUUUGGCAAAACUUAUGUAAAAAAAGAAGUUAAAAUCAAUUAAUUGUGGUUCAUAGUUGAAUUUCCUCCAACUUAACAAUGUAUGAAACCGAAACUGGAACCAUGGGGAGUACAAACCUCACCGUAGAUGAUUUACAAGACAUGCAGUAUAAAAAGUCACGUGAACUAUUUAUACUAUGUGACAAAGAAGGGAAAGGCUUUGUCAAUAAGUUUGACUUACAGAGACUACAACCAGAGUUAUCCCUUCCUCCUGAAGCAUUGGAACAAGUAUUCGACAUUUUAGAUGAUGACAAGAACGGAUAUCUUACCCUAAAAGAAUUUACAGAAGGAUUUCAUCGUUUCAUUGGAAUACCAGCUGAACCACAUCAAGAGGAACAUGUUUAUGGGGUGGAAAAUGAAGAAAUGGAUGAUCAGGCUUUUACUGAGAUGUUUACUACAGUCGGUGCUAAAGAUGUCAUUCAUGAUGACGGCUCUAUCAAGCAUAUUAAGGAACUUUGGAUUCAGUUACGCAGAGAAGAUGAUCCUGUUGUAGUAGAAAACUUUGAAGAUUUUCUAAGUAAAAUUACCAAGGAUUUAAAAAAGAAACAAGAUGAUUUAAAAGAGUUAGAAACUGCCUUGAAAGUCAAAACAAUAAAAUGUGAUGAUGAAGUAACAAAACUUUAUGAGGAAAUGGAAUACCAGAUUAAACAAGAAAAAGAAGCAAUACUCAAUAAGGAGAAGACCAAAGAAAGUAAUUUCAGAGAGGAAAUGGAAAAGGAAUUAUAUGAGAAAGAAUACCAACUUCACAACUUAAUUACAAGACAGAAAGAAAUGGAACAAAAACUGAAGGACAUUAAUUAUUCAGAAAUGGAAGCUAAAACAACCAAUGACCGCCUUGCUAAAGACAGAGAUGAAUUGCUGUACAGGUUAAAGCAGUCCCAAGAAUGUAUAGAAGAACAAAGCAGCUAUAUUCAACAACUACACCAACAGCAAAAGGAUGAAAAAAGGGAAAGAUCAAAAAUAGCAUUGAAGCUAACUGAAGGAAUAGCAAUAGAAAGAGAAAGUCUAGUCAAACAAUUGGAUCAUCUCAGAAAUAUUAAUCGUAAACUACAAGAUGACAAAGAUGAAGCUGAAGCAAGGCGGGACCAAUUGUUGAAUCUUCAGGAUGAACUGUCUGAGGCAUCAUCCAAGGAGUUCAGUCCGAAUUCAGAAUUAGCUCGUCCAAAACUCAAGAAGAGAGGUUCAAUCUUAGCAGACUAUUUCAACCCCGAUGCAAGAAGUAAUGGCAACUUAGAUGAAGACAUAGAAUCAGAUGAUGACUGUUUUGAGGAUGAUUUAACGUCAAUUCAAGAGGUUGAGGAUGAAGAUGUCGAUCACAUGAGUCAUAAAAUUCUUCAGAAUGGUCUCAAAAAUUCUAAAACCAAGACAGGGAAACAGAAAAGAUUAGCAUUUUCAAAAUCUGGCAGUCAAAGUUCAAUCAGCGUUGUUGAGGAUCUUGAGUCAACUGAAAGGAAGAAAAAUUUUGCUCAGUCAGAAAAGGAUCGCAUAAAUAGUUUACAAAACUGUGAUGUUCGACCGAAAACGCCAAUAGAACUUCAAGAGCUAAAUACACAUUCAUCAAAAAGGAACCCAAAUGCUUUACAUUGUAAUAAUGAAAAGAGGAUAUCACAAAAGAACUCCCUGGCAGGGAAAGCUGGUGAGUCUGCUAAAACGCCAGAGAGAGUGUUCAAAAUAGUUUUUGUUGGUGACUCAGGUGUUGGGAAAAGCAGUUUCAUUCAUCGAUUUUGUAAUGAUGAUUUUCAACCAACAUUUGCUGCAACAAUAGGUGUUGAUUUCCGAAUAAAAUCCAUUGAAGUUGGUGGCCAUUUGUUUGCUUUGCAACUGUGGGACACUGCAGGACAAGAGAGAUUUCGAAGCAUCACAAAGCAGUACUUUCGGAAGGCAGAUGGUGUUUUGAUUAUGUAUGAUGUAACUUCUGAGCACUCCUUAGUUAAUGUUCGUAACUGGAUGACAAGUGUGAAUGAAACUGUUGAUCCAAACACAGUUAUCGUUAUUGUUGGUAACAAAACAGAUUUGUAUACAGAUGACAAUGAGCAAUCAAGACAGUUCAAGAUGGCAUCCAGACUUGCUGAGGAAAAUAAUGCUCUACUUUAUGAGACAAGUGCAAAAGAUGGAAGCCGGGUGUUUGAAGCAAUGCAUGCUAUGGCAUGUGUUUUGAAAGAGAAAGAGGAUGAAGAACUGGAAAAAGUUUUGGAACUGAAUAGUGAAUCAUCUAUUAAAAAAAAAUGUUGCAGCUGAUAUCAAAGAAUGCCAGUUAAAAAGAAACCUAUAUAGUUAUAUAUUCAAAGAUUUAUAAUUGAUUAAAAAAAACAAAAUUAAAAUAAAGGAAAAUGAAAAAGUAAACAAUCUUCUAAAUAAACCAGCACCUGGGUUAGGAAAUGUAAAUAUGAAACCCAUUCUGCAUUUAUUAAAUAACUUUUAUCAGUGCAUAUUACUGACAGUAAUAUCUUGCAAGCAUCCAUCCUUAUUUAUGGUUAAAGACAAAUAAUGUGACUGGUUUUUAGCAAAAAUCAAGUUGUUUAAAGAAACGUGGAUACUGAAUUUAUCUUUCUUUAAAAUUAGAAAGUAAAAAGGUAUAUAUAAUACCAUGUGUGUGUAUAUUUGAGUGCAUGUGUGUACUAAGUGUCCCUAAAUUUUAAGAAUUCAUUUUCCUAGAGAAUCAGUUUGGAUCUGUUCGAUUUGGUUCACAGAUUUUUUUAAUUAAUGUUUUUUGACUUCAUAUACUGGUGGAAUGUCUCAUGCAGAACAUGGUAUACUUUGACCAUUUUUGACAAAAUUUGGUAUUUUAAAAGUUAUUUUGUGUUGUCGUAUUUGGGUAAUUUCAACCAAUCAACGAUGUGUAUUUAGCUGAAAAAAGUUACUGCUGUUUGUGAUAGCAAUCGAAGAGGAACAACUUCUGGGUCAUCUCUAAUAAAUGUUACCACAAGUAUACAAAGUUUCAAUCUGUUUAGUUAAAAAAAAAAGUUAAUAAAAAAAUCUUUGCACCAACCUGAACAAAUCCAGCAGUUUUAUAUGCUGGAUCUUUUAAGUGGAUGUCUUUUAAUCAAGGGGAAUAACUAGAUUUGUUAUGAUGAAACAUUUUUGACAAAUCUCAGAAAUGAAAGUUCCUUAUGCAUUUGUGUAUUACAUUUUUUAUUAUGAUAAGCAUUUAAAACUUAUGCAAAUAUUUACUCCUUCAAUGAAAAGGGCAUCACAGAAGAAGCUGAGCAUUUUAUAAACCUGUCUUCCUACUAUAAACAACAUUUCAGAUAGAAUUCAACGCCGCAUUUUACUGGAGAUGAAUUUUGACAUAAUAAGAAUCUCAUUAAUUUUUAUUAAAACAAAAAUUUAAACUCUUUAUUCAAUUUAUUGAUAAAAGUUUAUAUUAUUUUAAUAUUUUAAAAAUAGUAUCAUGCAAGGUAAUUGUAACUUUAUAUGUAGUUCUAUGUUUAUAUAUCAUCAAACAUUUUUUCUUUUUUUUUUUUCCUUUUUUUUAAAGAUAUUAUUUCUUGACACUCAUUGGGGUUUGUAUUUUAGAAAUGUCCUUGAUAACAUAUCAGAUGUCAAAAACAAACUGGAAUAUUUCUAUAUAUUUCUUCAUUAAUAUUUCUCUUAUUUUCCUUUUGAUCUCACCUCACAAUAUUUGUUGAAAAAGAAAGACAAAACAGAAUCAAGAUUGUGUUGUGUAAUGUAAAUUGGAUGAUGAUAGUUUUUGUUCCAAUGGAAAUAUUUACCUGUCGACUACAAAUCUAUACAUGUGAUAUCCGUGUAAGCAUGGAUCAUAAACUCUGUCUUUCAUAUAGUGUCAAUCUAUGAUCCUUUACUCAAAUAAUAAUGUAUCUUAAUGUAGUUUAUCAAAACUGAAUGGUUAUCUCACUCUUCAAGUUUCAUGCCACUACAAUCUUCAGGUGAGAAUGCUCAUGCCUGAAUUUCACUGCAGCAUGAAACUCAGAUUGCAAAAUAAACAUUCAAUUUUAAUAAACCAUAUACUCUACAACAUCUUCUCUCAUUCAUUUGACACAAUUCAUUAUUUACAUAAUACACAUGUGCAUGUGUCUGCAUAUAUAUAUAUAUAUAUAUAUAUAUAUAUAUGUAUAUAUUUAUAUACAUGUGUAUAUUUAUAUGUAUGUAGUUCUCAAUGCAUUUUCUUCUCUUUUUAGAUGUAUAUAGCAAUCAAUCUAUAUUCUAAAUGUUGUAUUAAUGUUUACACAUAUCUGCAUAUUUAAAUUACAUCAUUAAUUUUAAUUUUUUAGUCCGUUUAAAAGCGAAUGAGAUUUUGUCACACAAUAAUUUCAUAUUUAUCUAAAUUCAUGUUAUGCAUGUUUUAACCAACACUAAUCCAAAAUCUUUGACAUUUUCACAUUCCCUUCUUAGUUCGUUUAGCUGCUAGCUGUCCUUGUCAACUUAUUCUAACGUUACUAAUUAUAUAUUAUAUUCUUGAUUUUCAGAGGACACACUGUUUCACGAUAGUAAAUACUGCAAUAUCAUCAUAGGAGAUAUGUUGCAUUUUACUGUUGUUAAGAAUCUCAAAAUUUACGUAUAUGAUCUUCUAAUAAGCCAUAACACUCUUUAUACAUCAUAUCAAAUGGCAUAAAAGAUGCUUGAGCAUAUUGGAUUCACCUCAAUUUCAGCAGCACAUAUUUAGGAGAAAAAUAUUUUAGUGCAUCAAAGUAUCUAAUGUUUAAAGUAACUUUGUGUAUAGGGCCUGGGUUGAUUUUUGUGAGACAUUGAUUUGGGAAAAGCGUCUUAUAUGCUAUCAAAUACAGUAUACUAUGCCAAUAUUUCCUGUAUCCCUCUGGUUUUCCCACCCUUGAUUUUAGGAGAGUCAUAGGGAUAGAGUCCUUGGGCACCUUCUCCAUAAGGGCCUAUCAGAAAUAGCUGUCAUUAGACUUUCCAGCUUGAUUCCCAAGCAUAGCCAUCUGAGGCUGUCAAUAUUAUCCAAGCAUCUCAUUCUUGGUCUACCGCUACCCUACAUCUCCUGCCAGUUGCUUCGGCUUGAAGAAUCCAAUUCUUUCUUGUGACAUUCUAAUCACAUGUCCAUAGUAACAUAGCUGUAAAUUCUCAAUGCAAAAACAGUAGUGGUGUCUCAAUCUGGAGAUUCCCUUAUCUCCAAGUUAUGCACCCUAUCAAAUAACAUUUACUUUAGAGAUCCUGCGAAGAAACCCCACUUCAGCUACUUCACAUUCACAAUCAUACUUUUCGUCAACAUUUAAUAUUCACUUCUUGUACCUCAUAGGUAAAACAGCCUUCAGAGUAUGUAGUGUUUAAAAAUGUCAAUGUAACUCACUUGUUCAUGAAAUGGAGGGUUGUCGUCCCCUUUUUGUUUUCUGUAGUAAACCUAAAGCAUUGGUAAUUUUAGCAGCCUAAAUAUUUUAAUGCUAUAUAUCGAAUGUAGUAAAUUUUGUGGGGGUUUUUCCCUUCUUGCCUUACUUACUAGGUUUGGAAGAUGAGGCAGUGCCCAUGGCCUUCGCAGACCCUUCCAGUCUAAUGAAGACUGAUGCCAUGAAUGUUUUUUUCUUUUUUGAACCUUUGUAAGUCGGCCUCUGAGGGAAAGAUAUGAACAGGGAGGGAAUUCCAGAGGGCCGAUGCUCUGGGAGGGAAGGACUGGCUAUGAAGAUUAGUGAAGAUCCUAGUGGAAUUUCAACUGUUAUUCCACUUAUAGGAUACGGUUUGCUAUGGAUGUUUCCCCAUUUACUCUGUCUUCAUUUUUCUCACAAGUUGUUGAAGCAAUAUUCUAAAUGAUCUGAGGUGGAUUUAAUAUUUAGAUGUCAAUACUUAUGAAUUAUACAUAUAUAUAUAUAUAUAUAUAUAUAUAUAUAUAUAUAUAUAUAUAUAUAUAUAUAUAUAUAUAUAUAUAUAAACAAGAUGCUAACUGGAUAUAACUGUUUAGAAAUAUUUGGAGAAGUUUUAUUUAAAUUAAAUUUUUCCAAUAAUUGCAGUUUUUAAAGGGCAAAAUUACAAGAGGAAAAAGACAAAAAACAUCACAUUUAAAAUUAUUUAUUAAACAAAACAAAAAGUAAAUAAAUAAAAGUAAUAAUAAUUCUAAUUUACUUGCACACUCUGUCUGAAUAUAUUUUUUUUUUUAACAGUUGUUUAGCAAAUAUGUGAUAAGAAAAUAUCUUCAGCCUUUUGAUACCAACUUGUUCAAGACUAUCCUUAGUUCUAUGAUAUACAAAUAGCCUGUUUUCAAAUUAUCUAAAUUAAAAACCUCCAUCAAAAUUUCAUGUUAAAUUAUGUUCUAAACAGCACCCUGCUAAUUAGAGUUAUUCUACUAAAUACUUCAUUAUUGUCAAAACUACUUGGAGAAAACGUUUUAAAAGAAAAUGCAGCGGUUAAUAUUAACUUAUGUUUAAUAUUAGCUUAUGUAAAGUUAUUUUUCCCCUGAAAGAUUAUGGUGGUAGUUUUGAAUACAAUGAAAACAUUGUUUAUUACAAUAUAUAUAUAUAUAUAUAUUGAUAGAAAAGGUAAGACAACAAAAAAAUGAAUGAGACCUCGAUAUUAUGUAAAUAGAGGAAUUUAUCUGUAAUAUAAUAUGUGACAAUUAUUCGGUUACAACCGAAUAAUUUUCACAUAUUAUAUUACAGAUAUAUAUACAUAUAUAUAUAACAUGACUGUUUAUGAUAACAUUUUUUUAAUCUGUUUGAAGUUAUAGUAAAUUAUAAUUCAAUUUCUGUAGUGCAAUUUCUGAAAAUUUGUUCAGUAAUAAGCAUUGAUCCAUUUAGUAUUCAGAUUACUUUAUCAAAUGUAAUGCCUAUUUAUCCACAUUGUUUGAAUUAAUCAUGCAUUAUCUUGUAGCUUUGACUUUUCAAUAAUUUAAAAUGACAUUGUAGGUUAGGGGUGAGAGAUCUCGCUAGUUUGAACAUAAAACAGAUAGGAUACUUUUGCUGGAUAUGGUCAGUUUAAAUGUUCAAGGUUUAAAGUUUAAUUUAAGUACAAGUUGUAUAUUAUGCAUUCUAAGGUCAGCAAUUAUCAACUCACAAAAUUGUACAGAAAAAAAGAAUGCUUGUAAAUAUUAUUUUUAAGAUUUUUUUUUUUUUUUUUUUUUUUUUUUUUUUUUUUUUUUUUUGGUGACUGGGGAACUAAAAGUCUCAAACAUGAACCAGUAAGAUCUGCUUAACAUAUCUUGAAUAUUUUACAUAAUAAAAAUAUUUACUUAUACGUUA